AUGAAUAACAAUACAACUGGUUCCGUUUUUCCCACCAUCGAUCCUACCAAUUCGACCAUCGAUUAUACUCGCCAUGUUAUCCUCACCGUCUUGACCAUCGUCUGGACUAUUUAUGUCUCCUACUAUAACUCUCGCGUGAUGGGAUUAAUCGUCACUUGGAUCUUAAAUCGAGCAGUUCACUAUGGCGAUUUUAGUAUUGGUUCUGUCUCUGUAUCAUUCCUUUCCGGAAAAAUUAUGUUUCGAGCCUUUCGAUUAGUUACCAAGGACUAUUCAAUUAGGCUAAUGCAACUAGUUUAUGAUGAAGUUGAAGCUUUUCAAGGGCUUAUUUUUGUCAUUUGGUAUCCUUUAACAGAACAUGACUUAUCUCAAUCGAGAAUUUAUGUCGUAUUGAAUGGUUUUCAGUUCCAUGUCUAUAACAGAUCCAGCGAAUAUGAUAGACUGUUUAAAUUGUUUACUAGACAAUAUGAUCUGGAAACCGGCGCAGGCAAUAAAGACUCUACAACAAGUACUCUAUCACACCACAGUUCAGUUGAAAGUAAUUUGGAAAGUACCAAAGAGAGCUUUAAUUGGCGUGAUCUAAUACCUGCAAUAAAAUUCGAUAUCACUGCUGGACGAAUUAGUUUUGGAAAUUAUUUAAUGCCCUAUACGCUACAUGCUAGAUUUGAAUCUGCUUCGUGUGUCUAUUUUACAACGGAGCCUGCAUCAAACUCUGACUUAUAUACUCAUGUCUGCAAUGGCCAAUUAAAAGCUGUGAGAGUUAUGUUUUCACCAAGUCCGGAAUAUUUGGAGUAUUUAGAGAUGCCUCCGCGAAAUAUGGGUGAAAAUAGCUUUGAAAUUCUCAAUACACGAGACAUAUGGGUUAAAUAUUAUCAAGAUAAAGCUGGUUAUGUCCCAUAUGACGGUUGUGAAGAAUCUAACAGGAGUAAUCCUGCGUGGGGUAUUGAUGUCGAAUUCGGUAAAGAUACCUCUAUACGUUAUGGGCCGUGGGUUCAUAGGCAAAAGGAUGCGCUGCAACAUUUCUUUUAUCCUAAAGAUUACCAAAAGGUGUCCGUUAGUAAUGAACAUCAGCCAGGCAGUAUAAGGACGUUUAGACAAUUUGAGAUAGGGUUAUUCUUCAGAGAUGAUGCCACUAUGGAUGUUUUGUUCUCAAAGAAUGAAGAAAUAUUCGCAGUUUACUUUUGUUUUGCGCGUGGAUCCUGUUCUUCUAUUUCGAUUCCAUUAGUUUGUUCCGAUAAUGGCUAUUCUACAAUUUCAAAAGGAACAAUUCUUAAUUUAGAGGUUUAUACUAGCUUGGAAUACAGGAAUUUUUUAAAAUGCGAUAUUUUCAACUUUAGUACCGAUUUUCAUUUUCCAAGAUGGUGGAAUGAUGAGCAACAAUGGACGUGCGAUUUAGGUUUUCAUAAGAUCACUUGGUAUUUUAUAUUUGCCCAUAAGAAAUUUUUUCAAGAUAUUAUCAGCGACUUUUCGUCAAAGAAAUGCCCUGAUUUAUACGACUUUUCACCAUAUACUAUGAAUCUCAAUAUAAGCUUAAAAGACUUUGAAAUGAUUUGGCUUGCAAACAUGAAUAACUGGAUUGAUUGCUUUUCGCAAUUUCCAGAAAACGCUGAGCUGGCUAUUUGCGGUCGAAUGAUGGAUUUAUCAAUGAAUCUCCCGUUCACGGAAUAUCUCCCGGAAAGACAACAGAUUGGAAUUACAGUACAGGUCGAUAAUGCUGUGGCCAGGCUUUACAUUCCUGAGUGUAACACAUCUCGUCGUAACUUUAUAAAUUUGGCCUAUAAUUAUGAAAAACUUUAUUCUAUGAAAUCACGUGACUCCAUUUCUGACGCAUUUCCAUUUGAAAUGCAAAGUAAAUCUAUUUGGAGUAGAAUAGCGACAAAAUCUGACGGCUGGAUAGAUUGCUGGUUUAUCCCCGUACUGGCUGCUGACGUUUCUUAUAUUUAUCACCCGGAGCCUAUUCAGCCUGACUGGCUUCCCUACGAAUUGAGCGAAAAUGAACCGGAUGUCAAUGUUGAUCCAUUAUCAUCUUUCAUGAAUAAAAGUCCAAAUAUCAUGAAAAUAGUUUUUGAUAUCGGUGGUAUUAAACCAGGAACAGAAAAUUGUACUGGAUCAAAGCUCAGACUAUUUGGCUCGUUUAUUCACUUUUUGUUAAAUGUUAAGGGAAAUUAUUUUGGGCAGUAUCAGAAAUUUUUCCCAUUUGAUCCAUAUUUUAAUGUCGAAGAUGAAGAUAUUGAAAAUUUUACAUUUGAAAGCAGUUCUCGGCCUUUUACAGUUUUAUGCUCUGUAAAUAUUUACGAUGUUGAAGCUGAUCUAGUUCAGUAUUGUGAAGAUUUGUCUGAAAUUCCUAAAGUGACUAUCAGUAAACUUGUAGUCGAAAUUUCAAAAGAAUAUAAGGAAACCCGCAUUCAAGUAAUAUCAAUGCCAAUGAUUAUUAAUGUCACGGACAAUGUUCAGCGACCUUCGCUUUAUAAAGACAUGAAUCACGGAUUUUUGAGUAUAAACGGUUUUCAUUUGCGUGUCCAUGCCAUGUUUUCUGGUGAAGGAAGACCGGUAGGUAGUUCCACAACGGAAUAUGCGUUCAUGCUAGAGGCUAAGGUAGAAAGCAUCACUGGUAAACUAACUACACCUCAGGCAAUAUCGGUCGUUAGCUUUUUCGAAAUUUUCAUACAUUUCCUUAGCAACUCUGAGAAUCAUCUUCAGUCGACAGUUCCAUCGUUAUGUCAGCACGAUCGCAUACAAAGUGCUUGUUGCGUUGAACGCGAUAAAGAUAAUAAUAACAACGAAAAUGAUAACGCUAGCAAAUGGUCAGAUUUCGAAUGCCCUGGAGAAGAUGAAUUAAGAUAUUAUAUGAUACGCUUAGGUAUUGAUCGAAUCCAAGUGCAACUCGUAGAAACUGGCUGUAUUUGUGAUCUACAGCUUAGCCAUUUACGCUUGUCCCAGUGCAGUUUGCACAGCCCCCAUAUGAACACUGGUAGAAGUGUUGUGGUUAAAAAUAUUACUCUGAAACAAUACUUACGAUCUGAAUUGAUGGAUGGUGCUGUGGCCCAGGCAGUAAAUCGAGAUAAAAAUGAAUGGUGGUUAGAAGUUGCAACCGUAGUCAUUGGCCCUAUCAAUGUUGACAUGUCGAUAAGUAUUGCGAAAAGUUAUCUAAAUUCAUAUCAGGAGAAAUGGUUAAGAAGACAUGAUAGGAAAUCAAAGCGAUUAUAUUUUUUGUGGCACAAGUCAUAUUCCAGCAUAACAAAGAUUAAAGUCUGUGGAUGUCAAGGUGGCUGUGUGUUCUUUGAUAAGAAUAUAAAAAAUUGUAACUUUUUGCGAUUUAAUAUCGAUCCGAUAGUAAAUGAAGAUGAAGAUGCCGCAACUAAUAACGGUAAAGCAGACUUAGAAAGUGGCUCAUCAGUGAAAAAUGUACCCUCACCAGGUGAUGAGGUAACAGCAAAGACAGAAACGGAAAGUGGCGAAGUUAGUUUACGUAGCAGUAAAAGGGCAUCUAAUGAGUAUCAAACUUUGAAUAGAUCAAAAGGAAGUAGUAGAUACAGUAAUGCAGAUGGAAGUGUUAAUCGUUCUGUCUCUUUUGAAAGAAAAAAACCUCAAGCUCAACACUCACAAAGUUCAGCCUUUCGGCCUUUAAACAAACAGAUUAGUUUUACAUCGGAUACGGGAGAUUUAUUCUCCAAUAGGCGAUCUAUUAUUGCUGAUUUUGAGCAGUCAUUUUCCAAACAAUUUAAUCUUAAAAACCGCGGAGAAUCAUUCGUAUCAUGUGACUCUGGCUCCGAUUCAUUAAGUUUAGCCGAUUACACUGACAGUCUAAAUACUCUCCGUCACGCGAGAUCGCUGUCAGCUGCUACUGUCGAUACUUUCCGCACUGCUCCCUCAUCGUUUUCGUCAUUACAAUCACUAGCUCAAAUGGAUGAUAAUGAUGAUGUUGCAGAUGUAACGGUAACACAUGAAAGGAUCAAGGCAGAAAUAAUACAUGAAGAAUCAAUAGAAGAUGACAUUGAUGGAAAUGAAGAUACUGUAGUAUUUGGAGUAAACUCAGUAUCUUUCGAUAGAAAAGGAGUAACUCGUCGACGGAGCAAAAGUAAUUCAAAACAAGAUGAUGGGCACAUAACAGAUUCAUUUUCUUCUAUCUAUCAUUAUUAUGUUGUAAGCUGCAACUGUAGUAACAGGCCAGAUGAUAAUACUGAUGGUGAAGAGAUCAUAGAUUUAGGCUUAGGUGAGCCUUAUAGCUUCAAAGCUGUUGGCGAUCGUACAGCUAAUAUACCAUUACUCUUUCAUCGAGAAUCGAAGGAAUCGCAGGUGAUAACUGAUAAUAGUAGUUCCGAUAUGUUAAACGCCUUAGAAGCUGACUUAGAACCGGAAUGUAGCAGAUCAACAAUCAUACUAGAUAUUCCUGAACCUAUUUCCAUCUUUAUCACACCAUUUGUAAUGAAAGCCAUUGAAUGUUAUACAAAACCGUUGGUGCCGGUGUUGCAGAACUUACACCCAUGUUGUGUGCUUAAUAAAGCACAUUCGAAGUGUAUUAAUGACACAUUAAUGAAAAAGAAACAUUUGGAUCAUAAAUUAGCAACACAAUUAAAAUGCUUUGUAUCGAUAAGAGGAAUUGACAUUGCAUUUUAUCAAGCAUUUUUAGCAGAAAAAAUAGCUUUAUCUGAAGAACUUAUCGCGAGGGAGUCUUUGCAUCAAAAUCAUGCAAAAAGUCUUCGAUCUUCUGGUGCAUCUCUGCUUGCUCUUAGCUUUGAUAGAGUGAAAGGACAAAUAAGUCAUAUACUUCGAAAUCGUAAUGUUGAUUCUAAUGUAAACAACGUGAAUGAUAAUGACUUUUUAAAAAAUGAAGCAGAUGAAGAUGUUAACAACCAGACCAAAGCACUAUCCGGUCCUUCUAUUGUUUUAGAGGAACAAGUUGCAGAGCUUAGCUCUAACCGUUUGCACUGUCAACUUCGUCGUUUACCAGUGGGAACAUCAGAUGACUUAGCAAUUAUCAACGGCUCUAAAAGUAUCAUUGCGAUACCGGAAAAUGAUUCAAGGGUUUAUUUUGUUCCCUCUUUCAACCGAGGUAUUGAUAUAGAUACCGAAGAAAUUACCAGUGAGAUAACCAAGUACAGAGAUGGAUGGAUUAUGGUUGAAUUUGGUAUAGAAGGUUUUACGGCGAAAGGUGGUCGAAUUUUCGGUCUGUCAGUUAGUGAGGUGAUAGGUACUAGCGAUAAAGAGCUCAAUUUAAAUCUUGAUAGUUAUUCGUCCAGUGAUUAUCUGUCAGAUGCUGAAAAUGUAGGUACUGUCGGUGAUAAAGCAUCUAAAACCGUUCUAACAUCCAAAGCAAAUGGUAUAAUGCAGCUUAAUCAUGUCUGGUUCAAUUUUGCAUCUCCAACACAACCUCGAAAUCUGCAUUGGUCACACCAGUUUAAUCUUCUUACCACUGUCAUUCCAGCUACAUCGGCCUGGAUUAGUACAGCAUCAAUAUCAGAAAGUUCAAUAAGGUUAUUAUUGUCACGUUAUAACUGUCGCAUUCGAGCUGUAUUCGCCUAUUUAAUGACAGAAUGUGUAGAAACAGCUGGACGAUACUUACCACUAAGGUAUGCUGGAUUAAAGCUAACUGAAAGCUCAAAUUGGUUACAAGAUAAUGAAUGUUGCCAGUUAUUGUAUAUUCUAAUUCAUUUCAUGCCUGAUGUUGAUAGUAAACGUAUGCUUACAUCAUUAAAUGAAGAUUAUGUUCCUAGCUUAAAUACUCUCCGUGGUGGAUUGUUAGCGCUAGUACGCCAAUGGAAAGCUAUCCUGGUGAGACCUGGACGCCCAGAAGCGUGUAGAAAAAAAGUAUUGGACUCCACCGGUAAAAAAUAUGGUUUAGUGCCUGCAACUGAUACUGUUGAUUCCUCGGGAAUGCCACCUGUUUCAUUGAGCUUUGUUAGUUCUACUUCACUUUACGAUGGUGCUGAAUCAAGCAGGCCUACCACUAAUUAUGAAAGUCAUGACAGAAACGAGGCUACUGUGGGUGCCAAUAAAUUUGCUAAUUUUGUCGCUUUAGCGAUGGAAAAACAAAAGAUGGAGAAAGCUACUCCUUUAAAUCCUGCACUUGAAACAGUACCUUCUACUAGUUUACAUCGUAUUUCAGAAGACUUAAGAUCAUCUGCUGAAGAUAUAAUUUCAAGGAUUCCAUCAAAAUCUGGCCAAUUAGCACAUUUAAGUUCUCUUGGAUCUCUAGAUAGUGGAAAAUAUCACCAUACUGAAGCCGACAAGUUUUCGAACGAAGAAACUGAUAUUGAAGCAUCAAAAGAUGAUCAAUCUGUGAAAGAUAUAAAUGAAAAAAUUAGCUUUCCAACAACUGGAAUACGACUUACGGAAGCCACUGUGGUAUUUCGCUCGCUAUUACGCUGUAUGGCAAUUGAUACAGGCGAUUGCAGAGAUGAACCGUAUCGUAGUACUUUAUCAUUAUCUGGCGAACUUAGAUUGCUUAGUGUCUAUGUUGUUAGUUCUAAUACAGUAUUUGAUGUUAAUACGUCUUCAUCAUACGAUAGUGACAACGUUACUGAGCCAACUGACCAUACACAUCAUGUAUCGUCAGUAUUUGUUUGUGAAGAGUUUCUUCUAGACCUUUUUAUGCAUCAAGAUCCGGUAGUUUCCUUAAAUCCGUUAUAUGAGACAAGUAUGGCGAAUAAAUUUGACAAGUCUACAUCUGGCAAUCCUAUAGGUAAACAAAAAGUGGACUUAAAGAAUCGCUGGCUAAUAAAGUUAGAAACUAAAAGAAUAACACAUGAUCUUAAUCUAUCUUUAUUGCGUCUUAUUCAUCAUUUAACAAAUAUGGUUGAGCCUUUACAACAGUACAGGAAAGAAAUAUGGGAUGAUCUUGUUGAUAGCUCGCCAGUGCUGCCGGGAGAUAGGCUUAAUAACCAACGUGUAAGCAUUGUGUCAACAAACGUUGAAAAUUUGCGAAGGAUAGCCACAAAUCGCGUUUGGCUAACCAUGUAUAAAUUAUUGGAUUGCUAUUCCGCUAUGGGGGUUUCUGAAGGAACUGCUGAUGCUGAAGUAGCGGCUAAAUUAGGCGCUGGCACAUUUCAGCAACGACUUCGAGCAGCAAGUUUAUCCACUAAAGUACCUGAAACGCCUGAUGUAGCCAGUAUACGAAGACGCGGUAUAAGAUUGCGGUUAUUUAGUGAAGCUGCAGAGGACAUGCCAGAACGUAGAAAAACUACAGCUGUUCAAUACUUACGACAGCUUCAUGCUGCUGGUGUCGAACGUGUUGAUCCAAUGUCGGUGAUUUGCGUUAUUAAAGUGCAGGAAAUUAGUGUAACUGCCAAUGUUGGAAGAUUACAUCUGAAAGCAACAAUCGCGAGAAGUCAUUUUUCUGCAACUUACCGAAUGAAACAACCUGUCGUAAUUGGUGUCGUUAAGAAGCCAAAAACAAGAAAUGAUCUAUUGCAUUCCACCCAUUCCUCAUUUGUCGGAAAUGUGGGAGAUACUGAAAUACUUCUUCUGGAACUAGAAAAGAAACAGGCUAAAGAGAGGAUCAUUGUUUGUUGCAAUGUCAACGCUUCUAAAUUUCUUUUGUCGUCCAUCACGCAUACUGGUAAAGUUUCUAAAUCUCGCUAUCGUAACAAACAUUCCGGAAUAAUUUUUAUUGGUGCUAUGUUACUGGAUAUUCCACAACAUCCGGCAUCUUUGCAACAUGUGGUAGAAAGAAGUACUCGUACAAUUACGCAGACCAUGUCAGAAUUUUAUUCCUCUAAUAGGAAUGAUAUAAUAAGCAGAUCAAACGAUAUAAGGUCACUCCUCAAACCUACAAGUCAAAGGAAGCACACAGAUACGCCACAACAGUUAAAUACUGAACAUAGUGCUGUAUCAGCUUAUUCUAAAAAAGGAAAUGCCAAAGUUAGUAGUGAAUGGCCAAUAGAAACUUGGCAAUUUAGGGUUAAUAUUAGCAAUGUUGUGCUCGGUGCUGCGUUACUGCCAUCUUUACGCGGGGAAUAUAAGAUGAAAAAUAUCAGAUGUUUAGGAAUGUGGGGCCAAGAGCAAUGGUUUAAAAUGAUACUUGCGGAUCAUAGUCUUAACUUUUUGGCGAAAGAGCAAUCGAUUCAUUUAUCGCAUUUGGUUUUGCCAACUGCAACUACUUUUCAAUUACCAACCAUUAACAUAUAUGGAUUGAAAGUUAUUAAUUCUAAUUUACCGGCUAAGAAAAAUGAAGUACUUGAUAUUGUUGUUAGAGUUGGUACUGUAAAGCAGAUAUUAAUGCUUGACAUCUUGACGUAUCUUCUAGUUGUCCAAAAAUCAUUUUUAGAGGAAAUAAAUAAAGUGUUGGGUAUGGUUUACUCUGAUAAUCAAUUAAUAUCAACUGGAUCAUCAAAAGCUACCCCGAAAGCUGAUAAACGGGAUGACAAUCAGCUACUGCUAUAUUCAGUGAAACUUAAAAUGGAGGAGAUCAACUUGACCGCAAGAACUGCAACUGCUUUUGCCGUCAGACUGAAUACUGGAAAAAUAGAAGGAGAAAUAGCAAACUUCUUGUUUAUAGAAAAUAGAAAAAAAAAGCAAAUAUGGCGAAAAUUGCAUGGCUUUUUACAAUUGAAGAUUCGCUUAUCUUUAGGCCAGCUGUCAAAGGAAAGCAUUUUACAACAGUCAGCAAACAAGGAAACGUUUUUAGUAAAUGCCAUCAGACCGUCGGUCUAUGUACAAUCGGCUGCCUUUAACAAAGCCGUAAUGCUAUACAUAAACUAUAAAAAUGUAUACGAAAAUUGGCUGGAACAACGACGCACGUUGGCUUCCGAGUUUCGAACGAUUAGUCCGAAAGUACAACCGAAAGCUAAAAAUCUUGGUGAUAAUGAGAGAUCCUCAUCUGUUUUCCUUCAACUAAAUGUAUUAAACUUUGGUAUAUGCUUGCCAUUAACAAAAUCAGCGGUGCCUGCUGACCCAUUUUUGCGAAGUCGCGAUUACGAAUCCAAUCCCGCGUUAUUAUGUACUGUUGAUAGCAUGCUGAUUACAGCAUGUAAUAGUACAUCUUUGGCUGUUCGAGGGCAUUUUAAAGCAUUAUGCAUUCGCUUUACUGAUAGUAUGGGAACAGAUUCCAAAUUUUGGGCUCCUAAUCUGAAUCAAGAUUGUAUUAUGAAUUCAUGUAUUGUUCCUGAUGGAACUUAUGAGUGCUGUUCAAAGUCGGAACGAUAUAAAUCAGGGGAAUCUCAUCAAAGUGCUGGUAAAUGGUCUGUUGUAUUUUGUUGGAGGAUCUUUGGUAUCAACAUGAGCUUUGACCAAGAUAUUGGCCGCUACUUAUCACUUCUUGGAGAUGCUUUAACAUUAAUGAACGAAGCAGAUGAAACUUCAGACAUUGGUUCAAUCACUGAUGAGAGCGAUGAAUUUGUAGACUCAUUCGAAACGUUUGAUGACCGAUACGAAGACUAUGAUGUUAUGGAUAAAUAUAUUAUGGGUAUAUCACAUGAGCGGGAUACUGAAGCUAAUCAAUCUAUAAUUGACGAAGAUUUUCGGCAUUCACAUUUAAGUAAAGAUUUUGAAAAAAAAAGAAGAAAUCGAAUGUCAACUCUCGAACGUCAAACAGGAGGUGAUACGGCCAAGAUACAGAAGCACCGAAGAAGGCUUUCAGUUGGCAAAAAAAUAUUUAACUACCGGCGAACUAAACAUAUGAGUUUGCUAGCGUCUGGCUAUGAUGGUGACAUUGAACGUGAAAGUGGUAAACCGUUAUCUCAAAUGUUGGAAACGAAUCGCAACGAAGACUUUACGGGUCAUGUAGUAACUGGAGCAUCUGGCAACGAUACUGUUAUUGAAAUACAGCCGGAUACUACAGAUUCUCAAAAUAAGAAGAAAAAAGUAUCAAUAAAGGAAGAUCCGGCAUGUUACUUAAGCUAUGACGAAGGCGACCAAGCUCCAUCCGUAGCCGGAUCUUUUACUCAAUCCAAAUCAUCCACUGAUAUGAAAUUUGACUUUGAACUCGAUGUUGUACUUCAGACCGAUACAGGAAAAUGUACCCUAUAUAGUCAGUCUAUGAAACAAGCAGAUGAGUACGGAAAAAUUAGAUCAAUAAUUUACGAAUUUCAUUUAAUGAAAAAAAUGAUACGUAAAAGAUCGCAUACAAGAGAUCAUCUAAAGUCGAGUAAAUGGAGGUCUAGGAAGGCUAUUGGAUCUGUUUCGUCCGCUCAACUUGAAAGCACAAUAUUAAUGAUGCCAGACAUCGAUAUAAAAUUACGCUAUACUACGCUUAAUCAAAAGGAUGAAGAUGAAUCUAAUAAGCAGUAUCAGCCAAGUAGUUUAUCCGCGGAUACUGGCUCUGAGUCUUUUGGAACUUCAGCUGCAAAGUUGAAAACUGUUGCUACUUUACAUUUAUGGCUCUACCUUCAUUCUUUAGCUGAUGAAAUCAUCUUAACACCUAGUUUGGUUGACUUUCUUGAAGGAGCACUUGGAGAUUUAACUCCAGCUGAAGAAAUAUUAUCUCGGCGUAGUUCAGUUGAUAUGUUUUACAAUCAAGAUAUACACUCACGUGAAAGUAUUUCGAGUGAAGAAGAUGAAAAUUCUGUCCUGACAGCAAACAGAACGAGUUUAUCUAAUAUAACCUCUUUUCCGGUUAAUGCAUUUGUAUAUGUUCGCGUCGAACCCCUCGAUAUUCGUUUAAGUUGCAUGCCUGUGUCGAGAGUAGAGUGCUUAUUACAACUGCCAUCGUUAGAUUUGAUGUUUACCAGUCAUUCAGAGAAGAAAGUCAGCAUGGCUCCUUAUAUUGGCUUGGAAAGCUGCGCUGUAUCAUCUGGAAAUUCAUCAGCAUCGCUGUCCGAAAAUAUUCCUCAUGGAACUUGCUCAACAGUAUCUUUUACGGGAUAUCUUGAACGCUUUUCAUUUUCUAUAUUUCAUCCAUAUGGUCGUCAGCAUCAACCAGGAGGACGUGCUAGGAAUAAUAGUUUUGCAUCGUCGCGUAGCAAUACUGAUGGCAGAGAUUCUCUAAGUUUGCAUGUGGAAUCGGCAAAAGUUAGCAUUACCAGAAAGCGGAUUAUAAUAUCUCAAAACGAACGGUCCAGUAAUAAAUUUGAUAUUACUGACCUUGGUCGAGCUUCGGAUCCAUCUGCUAACAAAUUUCGUGUUAAAUAUCACACCGCAGGAUUAUUCGAUAUUAAAAGCGCUGAAUUCAACUACGAUAUGAGAGGAUUAUCUGAAAUUCUUGAUGUUCCCAAAGCUUGGUAUCGAAAUUCUAUUGCCAGACGACUGUUUUUGGGUAAUGUCGGUGACAGCAGCAACACGCAGACACGAUCCAGUGAAACUCCUCAGAGUAAUUGGGCUGAUGGCAAGGAAGCAAUGUUCGAAAGGCAACAUAGUAAUGAAUUUAAGUUAACAGUUCCAGCUAUUGAAAGGCAGAAAUCAGAAAGUAUAACCGAUUAUGACUCAAUGUUUGUAUUAGCUUGUAAUUUACAGCAGUUGGUCGUAACCGCAAAUAUGGGCAGCAUUAUGGGACCUACAAAUUGGAGUACAAAUGAAGUUAAAUGUCGCACGUGUCUGUAUGUUGGACACUCUGGUUACAAUAAUCUGGACGCACAGAUCGCAAUCGGUAGGAGCUCUAUAGAUUCUCGAAGUGGUACCGUUGGCGGUUUGAUAGAAUUACAGGAAUUCUCGGUGUCUGGGCAAUUUCGUGACAAUUAUGAUUGGCAGCCGCAAAAUGCGAUUUCCCUAAGUUUGCUAUUAUUAGAUGCGAGAUUAGAUUAUAUGAGUACUCCUACCAUUAUGGCGCACUUAACUAAUCUUAAGGCUAGCCUAUAUGAUAAAUGGAACAUCGUUACCACGCAAGAUCCAGAACUUAGUUCAAUCGGCUCUAUGGGUAUUAAAUUCAGUGAAUCCCCAUCAAUUACCCUUCAUGGCAAUGUGCAAUGGUGUGAAUUAUAUGCAGCGAUCUCGCAAUCGAGCCCAACAAAUCUCAUUAAGAUUAUCUUUAAACUUGAAGAAUGCUUUAGAAAACAGCAACGGAGUAGCAAGCGAGCAUUAGGAGGACGACGUCAAUCACGUAUGCGCGGUAGUUCGAUAUAUUCAAGCAAUCGUGAACAAUCAUUGGAAAACUCUGUUCAUCACUGGAUUCGACCGUUGAGAGUGUUAAAUAAGAUUAUAUUUAAAUCUGGCCUUCCUCCCUUGGAUCUUGCUAAAGUUAAUCUUGAAGGAAAUUUUUCCUUAUAUGGAAGUUUAAUAUCUUUAGCAUGCUUUGAUGGCCUUAAUUUUACGGAGAAAGUGUGGAGUCUUUUCUAUUUGCAACGACCUGCAGCAAGUUUUGUAACUUCAAUUUCCUUUUCACGUGAUAAAGAAGUAAUUGCUCGUGUAAAGCAUAGUUUAGAUGUAAAUAUAGGCAACAGUAAGGUUACACGUGAUGAUAGUAAAAUGCAUCGCCUACCUUUUCUGCCUUCUUUGGCUGGCGUAUCACAGACGGCCAAAGUUUGUCGCAUCACUCGAUUUAAGCAACGUCCACCGAAUCACGGGAAUGUACAAGAUUGGUUAGUAUACGCCUGUGUAACACCAAUUGCUGAUAGUGCUACGAGAAGGCACUACAGUCCUCAAAUGGGCGGAUUUGGAGAGCGAAAAUUUGGGACUAUGAGUAGUAAAAUGCGACCAUCAAGAUUACGAGGGAUAUAUCUAAUGCCAGAUGAACGCUAUGAAUUGGAUGUAGAAACUGUCUUUUCGUUUCCGGAAACUAAACUUACAUUAGAAACAAAUCAUACCAUUCCAGCACUGACAUUGCGAGAUCUGGAUGGGGAAAAUGACCGAGAAAUGACGAUUGAUACCUCAUGUAAUAUCACGUUUGAGAAUAGUAUUUGGCUUUCACAAGACGUUAAUCAUUUUAUCUUUCUGCAUCAAAUGAUUAAUAAUUAUAUCAAGGGAGAAGAUGAUCAAGAAGCUGAUAAGCCGCGAUUUGUUUCCCAUCGAAAUUUUGAGAGAAAAUUUGAGCGAGCAGAGAACACAUUAAAAAUGCUGCAAAUGCGUCGAUUUACUUGCAGUCACUGGUAUCUAGACCCGAAGAUUCAAUUUCUGUCAUGGGCAGGAGAAAGAACUGACCCUGUCGGCAUCGAUUGGGUUUUAAAUAAGUUAGGAUUUGAAAAUGCCCAUAGCACAAUACCGAAAUACUUGCAACGUGGUUUACUGGAUCCAAUGGAUGUAUUUGUUGCACUCGUUCUCUAUGAAAUUAUUAAAGAUAAUAAUAAGAAGAAUAGCCAAAGCAAAUGA